AUGCAUAAAUCAACGUGUUUUCAAUGGGAAUUUUAUGAUCCUCAAAUGUCUGGUUCUAUUGAUGGAACUGAUUUAAUACCACAUGAUAAAGCUAUAAUUCGUGCUUACAAAUCAAAAUAUAAACCUCGAUAUAAUUGUUCAUCAUUAUUUAUUGGACAUAUUCCACCAUUAUGUACUGAAAAUAAUCUUGCAGAAAUAUUUCCUAAUGCAAUUCGUAUUAAUCUUAUUCGAGAUAUAAUUACACGGGAAUCAAAAGGUUAUGCAUUUCUUGAUGGAUAUAUUGAUAGAAAAAAAGAAUAUAAAUUUCAUGGACAUUUAUUAUUAAUUGAAGAUGUUGCUUCAAAAAAAGUCUUUGGUUGGAAACCAAGAAGAUUUGGAGGUGGAUUAGGAGGAAAUAAACAAUCAGGACAAUUAAGAUUUGGAGGAAGUCAAAAACCAUUUAAAAAACCUUUUUAUAUUAAUGAACAAAUUAAACAAAGAUGGAAAUAUUUAGAAAAACAAAAAGAUAAAUACAAAAAAAAUAUUCAUCAUGGACAAACACGAAUACAUAUUGAUCAAGUUAAAGGUUUUCAAUCAUCAAUAUUUAUUGAAAUUGAAGUUAUUUUACAAGAUGAUCAAACACCUGAACAAGGACAACUAAUUGCAAAAGAUUUAUGUCAAAAAAUAGGAAUUCAAGAAAAAAAUCUUAUUAAAUCGGCUUAUAUUGAUUUAUUAUUAGAGAAAAAUUCUAUUUAA